CCUAAAAUUAUGGCCUAACCCUAACCUAGUACACAUAUUACAUUCCGAUGUCCGCCAUCUUGGUUCGCAUACUUCGGGAGCCCCUAAAAAAGAAUACUUCACGUUCACAAUACUUAUCUUGAAAAUAUACCUGAAUGGUACUAGUAUUAUAAUACAUAUAAAAUGGCAUUCCAGUCUAUCAUUCUGUUUGCAAUUAUUUGCUGACACCUAGGGGUGAAUAUUUUUGUUUGAUAGAGGUAAUAUAAUUGAGUAAUUGGUCCAAUGCUGAUUGAUAUAUUUUUCCUCUUAAUAAAAGAACUAUUUUUUGUAGCAACACAUUAUCAAAACAUUGGGGUUUGUUUAAAAUAUUUGUUCAGUAAAUACUAUACUAGUUUUUUUAAUUAAUUUAUCACACUCAGUUGCCAAUCAAAUGUUUCUAGAAUUCAUGCAUAUUAUUGAAAGGAAAAUUCUGGAACUCAGAUUUUUGAUACUGUGUUCCCAUGAGUGCAAGUGCCAAGAAUUGGUGUUGUUGUUGCUACUUUGUUACUUUGAAAGACGAAAAACACAUUAAUCAUAUUGCAUUUCUAUAAUAAUGUUUAUAGAAUUUGUUUUAGUUGACUUCGUGUUUUACUAAAUUUGGUUUCAUUCAGAAUUUGGGGAUUUUUCAAUGAAUGGGUCAAAAAUUAUAUUUUUAAUCACGAAACAGAAGAGAGUGGGUCACAUAUAUUUAAUCAAUGUUUGUAUCUAUAAGAAACUUUUAAAACAAAUCUUAUAAGCUUCUGUUGGUGUAGUUUUGGGCUUUACUUAUGCGGCACUUCUAUCAGGGACUUAUUGGGGCACUCGAUUUUAUGAAAUUAGAAUACUAAAACACACAUAUGAAUUGCCAAAAACGUUUUGGAUGAUACGACAAAUUAUUUUAUGGUGCCCAAGAGUUUGGAGGGAAUUCCACUCUGAUAGUGUUAUAUUUUUUGAUCGGCUUUCAACCACAUUAAGGCAUUUUUACACUAUUCUAUUGUUAUUUCGGAUUUCUAGGGUUUAUAUUUCAAGUCUGAAAGAUUUUGUUUUCUCAACGGUAUUGUAGGCUAGAAACUAAUAAAAUUAUCAUACCGCCGCGGAAAUUAACAACUGACGGUACAUUAUAAUAGUUUAGUUAUUGUUAAAUUAAUAUAAGGCUGGUUUUAUCAAUUUUCAUCACUGAUAUGUUAGCAUUUUUUUUAUUUUAUUCAUGCCUUGGCGAAUCACGGAUAAAACGCGGUGGGUCACUUUGUGACCCGCUGGUCAGUGGUUCGCCGUCCUUGACCUAAUCGACCAUUACUGCUAUCUAUCACUGAAAAAAAAUACUGCAUUUUUUUUGUCAUUGGCAAUAUCACAUUAUACUAAAAUGAAUCCCUCUAACAUCAAAUAUUAUAUAGAACCAUUCUGUAUGUAUAUAUAGGGCCAUCAAAAAUUGCAAUAUAAUGUUCUAACUAAUUUUAUUUUUAAAUAUAUCAACAUCUAAUGCAUUGUGCAAUGGAUUUGCAAUAUAUCACAUACACAAUUCUAUCUACAAUUCUAUAUUCUAACAUGUGUUCUAAAUUUGUUUGAUAUCUUUUUAUUUUAUUAUUUUAGAUUAUGUUAUUCUCGAUUGUUUGUUUGUCAUUUCAUUUUCCUUCAGUUUUGCUUCAAUCACAUUUUUUUAAUUAUUUUUUAGUAGAUUUCAAAAUCAAAUCAAACAAUAUAAUUUUCAACAAUUAUUACUUAUGUCUAGAAUGAAUUUUAUUUUUUUCUGUAUCUUGUCCCAUGGCGUAUUUGUAUAAUACUCAUAUUCGAAUAAGCAUUAUGUUCAAUCAGCCUGAGCUUCCUGAGGAAAUUGCUUCAGGAAUCAUUUAUCAUGUUUUACUUUGGUUUGAUUUGGAAUUUUUGAUCAAUAGUCCACCAUGAGACAGAUAUUCAGUUGUUCACUUAAUCGAAUGAUUUCCCAUUAAUUUAUUAUCAACAAAAUAAGGUUUGAUAUUCAAGCUUUGGGAGCCCUUUUGAGACUAAUGAAUUGGAAUUUCCCUAUUUUUUCCUUAUGACAAAUUCAUGUUUUUGUAUACAGCAUAACUUGAAAUAAAUUUAUUUGUUUAUUCCUACAUUGACAUUUGUCUUCAAAAUAAUUGUGAAAUUGGAAACCUUCAAGCUUCAGUAAAACCUAGUUAUUUCAACAUGUGAUCCUUUCUGUACAUUAACACAAAAAUAUUUCUCUAGCCUGUAAUGCUUUGACAUGAUAAACAUGAGAGUUGUUAUCUGUCAUGGCAGGAUUAGAUCAGAUCAAGCUUUGUGCCAAUGUAGGUUAGUUAUUGCAAUUGACUGUCUUUUUCUGAUAAAACAUAUUUUAUCUAAUUUGUUUUAGAGAUCAAUUAUCUGAAUGCUCUAUAAUGAUAAGAUCAUUUGUACAUAGGCUAUUUUUUGGGCGAAACCAUCAUGGAUUUCCGAAAGUUUUGCGUAAUUUUACCAUAACCGGACAUCGAAAAAACAUGGGAAAUGAUAUGUUCGAAAACGACAAUCUUACAUCCCAAGAGGACGAAAAUGAAUUCGAUCCUGCCAUGUUCAGAAACGAAGCUCAUUUAAUUGGAAAAGUUGUUCUUAAUCCUAAACCAAUAUAUUUAAAGGAUGAAACUCUUGUUGGAUACACAUUCCUAUUGAACGUUUCUCAACCUCAAUAUCGACCUAUUUAUUGUAACGUUACCAGCUUUGAACCUGCUGUUUAUGAAAACAUUGCAAACGAUGUUACAAAAGAUUCAAUUGUUGAUGUUAAAGGAUUUUUUCGCAAGUCUGUAAAAGUAAGAAUGGAAAAUGAUGAACAAGCUGUUCGGCGAUAUUUUUCAAUUGGUCCUAAAUUAGUUGAAGUGUUAAAAAAACCAGAUGAAGUAUAGGCUACUGAUUGAUACGAAAAUUUUCGACAAAUAUCUUUUUACAGAUAAUAUUUAAAUUCUCUGCCACAAAAAAACACCUUGGGGUAAUUCCUCUGGAAACAAUUUGUAAGCCACCAAAAACGCCGAAUUUUACGUUCAUGUGUGAUACUCAUUGUCAAGUUCAUUGAUUUGAACCAGAUGGAUCGGAGUUGAGCUUGAUGUCCACUGAUGAAUUGCGCUAAGAUUUAUUUGGUUAUUAAUAUUCAAGCAGCAAUGGUUUGAUUCCCAAGAUUUUCAUUGAACUUUUUAUUGUAUGAAACUUUUUUUGCUAUACACCGUUAUAUGCUUGAGCAUGGGAUGCUUGUUUAUGAUGAUCGAUUUUUGAAUGGUACAAUAUAAAGUACUAAAAAAUUUCAAUGCAAUUUAUCGUUAUCAGUAGAGGUGGCGAGAAACUAACUCCCAAUCCUUCCUCAAUGCCUUUGCGCUAGAGUGGAUCCGUAGGCGUAUAAUGCAAGAAUGCUGUAGUUGUAUCUGACCUCUCUACUAUGUCUAACCAAUUCUCUUUAAUAACUUGGAUAAAAUAGCUGUUGACAUAAUAUGUAUAUUCCAUAUUGUGAGGUCAAAACUAUGUGAGGUAGUUUAUAUGUAUUUACCGAAACUAAUCAGUAACGAAUGAGUUUCGCUGUUAUUUCUGCUCUUACAUUUUUACUAGAUUUGUAACUAAUCCAUGUAUUUUCUGGGAUUUCGAUCCUGAUUUUCUCAUACUAUGAUGAAUACUGUACAUUACUCCUUUUUAUUGUUCUCAGAUUUGUGUUCUUAUUUAUUGUAAGAAUUUCACUUCAAAUUCAAAACCCAAUUUCGAAGAUUCAACUACUUUUGCCUACUAUAGAAACACCUUUCGUUAAAUGUAACAGAAAAAUAGUCAUGGCAGAAAAACGAAAACACGAUGAAAUCGAGCAAGAUGAAACAGAUCCGGUGGUUUCCUUGCAAGACAUAAUCGAAGAGGAUACAGAGCUCGAAUCAACUGCAAAUGCCGUUCUUGGUGGCAGUGAUGAUCAGGAAUGCACUUACAAUGAAGGUUAUAUGAAAAGACAAGCUCUUUAUGCUUGCGCUACUUGCAAGACUACAGAUAGUGCAGGUGUAUGCCUAGCCUGUUCCUUAGAUUGCCAUGAAGGCCAUGAACUUUAUGAGUUAUACACGAAGAGGAACUUCCGCUGUGAUUGUGGGAAUGAUAAAUUCGAAGAUUUUAAAUGUAAUUUUCAUCCUGAUAAAGAUUCAACAAAUGAAGGAAAUACUUACAACCAUAAUUUCAAAGGUGUAUAUUGUACGUGUGAUCGUCCAUACCCCGAUCCAGAAGACUCUAUAGACGAUGAAAUGAUACAAUGUAUUAUAUGUGAAGAUUGGUUUCACAGUCGACAUUUGCAUGGAAAAGGUAUCCCAGAUGGUUCUGACUUUUCUGAAAUGAUAUGCCAUAUGUGUAUGGAGAAUAAAACUCAGUUUUUGUGGUUUUAUAACUGGGAAUAUACUCAUUAUGAAAGCGCUAUUGUUGAUGUCUUGGAAUCUCCAAGUAAGGACAAAAAAGAAGACGAAAUAAGUGAUAAUACUGAUUUGAACGGUUCUACGAAUUUGGUGAAAAUUGAAGAAAAGUGCAGUGAUGCUUCAACAAAUUCUGAGACAUUGAAUGAAAUAUCAAAUAAAGAGUUGCAAUCUACCACCAUUGAUAAAAAGCCCACUGCAAAUUCUAUUGUAACCACCAUGACUGAAUCAAAAGUAGAUGAAAUCAAUAAAGCAGAAGAGGUAUCUGUGAGCGAAAGUGAGGAUAAAAUCGAUGCUACGAACACAUGUGAUACAAAUAUAAAUCAAGCGAAUGAAAAGAAGGCUAUUAUCAAAUCUGAGGAAUUGAAUACAAAUGGUUCAGUUAAAAAAGAACCAAUUUAUAAAAAAGAAUUCAUUAAAUCACAAUGCAGAUUGGAGUAUUUAAAACAAGUUUACAAUGCAUGCAAGUUUCCAGACAGUGCUGCAUUCUGGCCCGAUGUUUGGCGUAAUAAUCUAUGCAAAUGCGAAAAAUGUAAAAUUCUAAUGAAAGAUUUUUCCUAUCUGACUCAAAAGGAUGACACGGUAGCUGAAUAUGAGGAAAAAGGUGCCGCAAAGCAACCGGAUUCAACAAUGGAUAAAGGGAUGCGAGCUCUUGGCGGUAUGAACCGGAUUCAACAGGUUGAAGUCAUACAAGGAUACAAUGAAAUGAAAAGUAAAUUGUCUGAUUACCUACGAACCUUUGCACAGGAUGGACGAGUAGUUACUGAGGAAGAUAUAAGAAACUUUUUUAAAAAUAUGAACGAAACUAAAAAACCAAGGCUUGGUAUUUCUCACUCAUGCAAGUAAUACAUGAAAACUAAAUGAAAAGAAUCAUGUUUCAAGAUUGCUCUAGUCUUCACAUCUGAAAUGAAAUACUUCGUAAAAAAGUUUCUUUGAUGCGUAUUGUUUUGAUAUGAUGUUUCAUGAAAAAUGUUUCCCAGAAGCGUUCAUUUUCAUUCUUUCUCUGUGUUUGAAUGUUCAUUCAGGACAGUAUACUUCACAGAAAAUUGAUGAAUCGUUUUCUAGAUGGUUUUGAUGAGUUUUUUACAUAUACCAGUAAGUUUGGUGCUACCUUUACAGAAUACGUUUUCUUUUAUUAA